AUGUCUACUCCCAGAACUAAGCGUCAAUUUGCCGGUGCCUCGGCGGACCCGAGCCAACGCCAGAUCACCUCAUUCUUUGGUGCGCAGUCCGCUGAGCAGGUUGCUGCUGCUGCGGAGGUCUCUCGCCAGCCCGUUCUGCCGGCGUCAGUGCAAUCUAACUUGCUGAGCGUUGGCAUGCGUGUCCGCAAGUCUGUCCCUGAGGGAUACAAGACGGUCGGUACCAGCGCCUUCAAGAUCUGGACCGACAACACCAAGCCUUCCACAACUGCUAACCCCGCUGUCCGGAUCUGCUCCCGGGAGCUGUUGCCCUUCUGCGGCAUCAACAAGGUCGGCGGCCUCGAUACCCAGCCUUCCUUUGUGUAUGAUGAUGACGAGGUGCCCGCUCUGGACGAAGUUCCUGAGCUUACCAUGUCUCAGGAGAGCGCCGACAAUGGCCCCUCCCGCAAGCGCUUCUAUGACGAGAAUGAAGACGACGAGUCUGACAUCAUGGCCUACGAUGAUGCCGCCUCUAGAACCAUUGCUGUCCCCCGCACAAGGAUCCAGCGAAAUGCCACCCCCCUUCGCCUCAACAGACAAGUCACAUCAGCAGAUGAUGACUUUGAGGAUGCUGGAUUCCUCGUCUUUGACGAAAUGACUGAAUAA